UACAGGAUUACCAUGGAAGUUGUUGCUGGCUCUGGUUCAUCCUCUUUUGGGGUGCAUCUUCAACAUUGGCUUACUGACAAAAGAGCUCGAGAUCAGUUUCUCAUUCAAUGUUCUGUGGACCUUGAGAUUUAUUGGAAUAUUGGUGCAGGACAUUUGAAGCCUGAGCUUUUUGAUCAUCGUACAAUUUUUCUAGAAUCUGCUAUGUGGUCCCCUUCUGGGACUUACUUGGCCACCACUCUCAAGACGGGUUCUGUCAUCUGGGGAGGCGCAACUUUUUUUAAACCCUUAAUGUUUUGUGAUCACAACAUGAUUAAGCUAAUUAAUUUCUCAGUUGGGGAGAAAUAUUUGGUCAGCUACAGCGAGCAUGAUAGAAAAGGGGCUGUGCUUAAAAUUUUUGAUGUAAAAAGUGGAGAAGUAAAGAUGGUUAUCGGAAGAAGUCAGGGUGAGCAUGCGACUGGGGGAAUUGCAGGCAUAUCUCAAGUAGCCUGGCCUAUUUUUAGAUGGAGUGGCAGAAAUGAUGACAAGUACUUUGCCAGAAUCGGAAAAAAUGCAAUAUACAUAUAUGAAACCAAUACCUUUGGUCUCAUUGACAAUGAAACCUUAAAGGCUGAAAAUGUUAUGGAUUUCUGUUGGUCACCUACCGAUCCUGUAAUAGCUCUAUUUGUUCCUACAGAUGCUGAUGAGAUGCAGCCUGCCAGGGUCAGUCUGAUACAUGUUCCCAAUAAAGAGGAAUUAAAGAAGAAGAAUCUCAAUGGUGUUAGAGAUUGCAAAAUGUUCUGGCAAAGCAAUGGGGAAUAUCUUGCUGUUCUGUUCAACCAGUUCAAUGGAACAAGGAGUACUACUUAUCAACGUUUUGUGAUCUUUGGUAUCAAAGAUCCAGGUAUCCCUGUUGAGGACUUUGAACUUGAGAAUGAGAAUGACAUGAUUAUUGCAUUUUCUUGGGAGCCAAAUGGCCAAAGAUUUGCAGUCAUCCAUGCUUUAGAUCAAAGGCAGAAUGUGAGUUUUUACUCGGUUAUAAAAGCUCAGAACAGAUUCCAAUUCUCAAAGCUUGUAACUCUGGAAGUUGAGCAGGCAGGUUCUCUUCACUGGUCACCUGCUGGGCGUUUCAUUCUACUAGCAGCAAUGAGGGGUUGUGGUGGAGACUUGAUAUUUUAUGAUGUUGAUGCUCUGGGAACCUUAGCUAUCGAACGUUUUGUGGCAACAAACAUUGAGUGGUCUCCUACUGGAAGGUAUGUUGCAACUAUCAGGACUUUAUCUGAUGAUUUGGAUGUCAGGCAAGAGGAAUUUCAAGAAGGGGUCAUGAUUUGGUCCUUCUUUGGGGUGCUAUUGUAUCAGAUUCCAAGGAGGCAUUUAACACAGUUUUGGUGGCGUCCGAGGCCCUCUCCCUCCUCUAGUACCCAAGAAAUGCAAGAUGUGCUAGAGGUUGUGAACGAACUUGAUAUUGACCUUGACAACGACCUUGAUAACCUUAUUCAUUUUAAUGACGUUGAUAACAAGGACAAAGAAGUUUUCACAUUAUCUACAGAGCAGCUUUCCACUUGGAAAGCACCAGAGGGCUGGGAUCAGUGGUGGACAGAGAUUGGACGUAUGAUGAAUAAAAAUCGGAAUGCAGCACUGAAGGAGCCUGAGAGGAAGGAAGAGAAGCUGGACGGAUAGAUGUUGAUUGACAACUAAUAUAUAAACAUUCAGUAUGAUUGGUUUCUUUCAAGAUUUUUGAUUGAAUUGGUUAAAGUGAUGGUAAAGAAAGUGUAAGAGUAUGUUGCACAAAUUUAUCAUUUUUAUUCCAAGUGGAUUCAAAAUUGUCUCAAUUAAGAGGACUUUGUAAUGUUAACAGUGAUUACAAUUUUAUAAGUAAAGAAAUUCACGAUUAAGAUUAAA